AUGGUAGGGGACGUAUCAUUCUGGAGUGUUGGAUCUGUAAUUAUUCCUAGUGCUCUUAUUUCUUAUUUCCUAUAUCAUAUCAUUAGGCCAUUUUGGAAAGCGACGGUAAAUUGUUGGUUUUGUAAUGAAAAUAUCCGUGUCUCUUAUCACAGUCAAAAUGCAUUUAUUUGUCCUAAAUGUGGACAGUAUAAUGGUUUCAAGGAUGAUGGAGAUUACGAUCGGUUCAUUCCAGAGCAAAAAUAUGAAUUUCUAAAUCCGACACCUAAAAAAAUGCAAUAUAUCGACAACAAUAAAAUGAAUGAAAGUGCAGAAUCAGUCACCAAUAGCAGUUUAUGUCAAGAAUGCAACAUGCAGCAAGCGCGUAUUCAAUCACAAAUUAACAAAUUUGAACCUCGAAAUGAGGCAAAUUUUGAUGGCGAAUUCGAAGUUUAUAAAGCACGUUUACGUAGGAGCUACCCGCUCUGCAGUAAUUGUGAACAAGUCGUGCAAAGAAAAUUGGAACUCGACAAGAAAUUUGGUUUAAAUCAACUCAAUUGCAAUGCUCCCAUCUCUACUCCUACCUAUCGUUAUAAUCAACUUUCACAGAAAUACUCUGAGAUCAGUGAAGUACGACGGCGUAGGCAGAGCUACCGACAUCGUCGUGCAGCACUCUUUAACUGUGGACCUCUCUCGAAUUGUUUAAAUAUAGUCACAUUUUCUAUUUCAUGUUGUCUUUUCAUUGUUUAUUUGCUGCAGCUGCAGAACAAUACCACUACUUAUUUGUUCGAAUUGAUUCAGUUGUUGCCAUGUUACUUUCUGUCUUCGUGGAUACCAUUUCUGAUGUCCCAUGUUUCGAAGAUAAUUCUCCUUGGUCUCGGUUCGCAUAUUAUCUCAGUAAUUGUAAUGCAUGCUCGACGAUCCUUGCCUGAUAUUGUCUCACUCUUUAUUUGGUGCGUGUUAUUAUUCCUAAAGAGUAAUGGAGGUGAUAAACAGGAACUGCUUCUUCCGCAGUUAAGUUUCGUGUCUAUACUGUGCAUAGUUUCAUUCGCUGUUGCUUUUUUUCCUCGAAAAUUAUUGCAUCGAAAACGGCCGAAUAGCAUCAUACAAAGUGCGUUCUCAAUUGCAAGUACUCCAUUAUCACAGUGUAGUACUCUAUCCGCGCAUACUAGUACGAGUAUAUCCUUUUCUGAAAAUGCACGAGAUAGAACUCUCCCAUUACACGAAUCAACACCUGCAAGAGAAUUGGGAAAACUUUUCAAUUCCUUGUCGCUUGGUGAUAAUUUGAGUCCUUUCAAAAGGCCACCAAUUUUACAACAACGUCGUGGUCCUUUCGAUUCUAUGAAGAAACCGGUAUUGGCAGAACCUCGUUUACGAAUUCGUGAUGCACGAGAGGGAUUCUUUUUGGAUAGUGAUGUGCAUCUUCCUUCCUCACGCUACGUGAGGUCAUUUGCUCCGUCAACGGUAACAUCAGUGAGUUUGAUACCUGGUUCAUCGAAAUUUACAUUAUUUAAUAUCAUUUGUGUGUUGGGGAUGCUAUUAAGUUUAGCUUUAAAUGUUUUCAUGUUUUGUAAACUGCUUUAUUCUUCGAAAUCAUGA